CUCUUCCGUCGAUAAGCAACAGCCAGCCAGCAAUCCCAAAAGCCCAACAAAUCCAAUCAACAUGAAGUUCUUCGCUGUCCUCGUCUGCUUCUCCGCUGUCCUGGCCAUCGCAAUGGCAUCUACCCCAACUACACCCCCAACCAGCACUCCCACAACGCCUUCUUCGCCCACGACGACGACGUACACCUAUACAACCACCCCGUCCUACCCCUCCUACACCUACACCUCGGACACCACAACCACCAAGCCCAUCAAGCAGCAGCUCCUGUCCCUGCUGUUCAACAAGAAGUCCGGAUAGAGCCGCCCAUCCGAUCCACGAUGCUGCCACUUGACACGAUCCUCAUCACCUGAAUAGCCAAAUAAAAA